AUGCAUGUCCUCGUGAAGCAUUCACAUCGGGGCGGAACGUGGUUGGGACCGGUCGGUGUCUUGGCGGUUCUGCUGCUGGCAUUCUGUGUCUCUCCAGGUCUACCGGAGGGCAUCAAACUACCGGACCAAACAUCCAGAACAAACGACGGUGGUCCAUCAGUGCCUGUCCUACAGCAACCAGCGGUCGGAGAGGAACGAAGGCAGGGUAAGAACCUGCUGGACUUUAUCGGUCUUGGAACCGGCGGCAAUGUGGAUCCGUACCUCGCACGCACAAACACCCAAUGUUUGAAUGGCGAGCUGGCCGAAUGCUUCAAAUCCCAGGCGCUCAAUACAUUCGGCGAGUUCUUUGAUAAGGAUCAAUACCAACUUACCAGCGAUGCACGCAUUAUACGACUACCGGAAACACAGCUUCGUUCUCUGGCACAGGAAGGCUACGAGUUUGUAGGCGAAUCCCGUCACAGUGACUCCGAGUGGGAGCUGCUAUACAAGUACGCUCUGCGCCGGUUGGAACGUUUCGUCAAGUCAACGGCACUGGAGUUCCAAAUGCCCGACCAACUCACGGAGGAGGGACGAUAUUCUGCCCGCUUUAUCGACGAAAUCUCGGACGAGAUCGAUGUGAUCGAAGACAAGAAGGCACCACUGUUUACGCGCCAUCGGCUAAAGAAGAUCUUCAUCCCACUGCUGCUGAUACUGAAGGUGUUCAAGCUGAAGCUGCUGCUCUUCCUGCCGCUCGUGCUCGGGCUGGCCAGCUUCAAGAAGCUGCUCGGUUUUCUGGCCAUUAUUGUGCCGGGUGUGAUCGGCUAUCUGAAGCUGUUCAAGCCACACCAGAGCUGCUGCACGAACGAUAUCUUCUCGGGCGGGUAUCAACCACAGUAUUCGCCACAGGGGCUCGGUUCGAUCGGUUACAGCCCGUACAAAGAGUACGCUGGGCAGCACUACUCGCGACCGGACGGAGGCUAUGCUUCGCCGUACAGCAACUACUACCGCGAAUCGGGACGGACAGAUGUUCAGGGAAGCAGUGUGAAGUUUGGGGAUGAUCUCGCCUACCAAGGCUACUCGGAGUAUCGCAGCAGCGGCAAGGAUGUGAAGGCAGAAAAAUGA